GUGAGGCCAGCGGCCCUGUGGUCUGCGCGGUGGUCGGAGAGCCAGCAGGCGUUGGAGGGAACUGCCGCCGCCCCCCUUGCCCCGGCCCGCUGGCUGCCACCCGGCCCCGCCGGCCGCGUCAUGCCAGGCGCUGCGCGGCGCUAAGUGCCCGGCACCGCCGCCCGCCUGCCCGGCCGCCCGCCCGCCCGAAGCCGCGCCCACUACCCAGAGCCAGAGGGAUGGUGGUAGUCACGGGGCAGGAGCCAGACAGCCGUCGCCCGGACGGUGCCAUGUCCAGCUCCGACGCCGAGGACGACUUUCUGGAACCGGCCACCCCGACGGCCACGCAGGCGGGUCACGCGCUGCCCCUGCUGCCCCAGGAGUUUCCCGAGGUCGUGCCCCUUAACAUUGGAGGGGCCCACUUCACCACACGCCUGUCCACCCUGCGUCGCUACGAAGAUACCAUGCUGGCGGCCAUGUUCAGCGGGCGGCAUUACAUCCCCACGGACUCCGAGGGCCGGUACUUCAUCGACCGAGAUGGCACACACUUCGGAGAUGUGCUUAACUUCCUGCGCUCGGGGGACCUGCCUCCCCGGGAGCGGGUGCGGGCUGUGCACAAGGAGGCCCAGUACUAUGCCAUCGGGCCCCUGCUGGAGCAGCUUGAAAACAUGCAACCGCUGAAGGGUGAGAAGGUGCGCCAGGCGUUUCUGGGACUCAUGCCCUAUUACAAAGAUCACCUGGAGCGGAUUGUGGAGAUUGCCCGGCUGCGGGCAGUACAGCGAAAGGCCCGCUUUGCCAAACUCAAGGUCUGUGUCUUCAAGGAGGAGAUGCCCAUCACCCCUUACGAGUGUCCGUUGCUCAACUCGCUGCGCUUUGAGCGGAGUGAGAGUGACGGGCAGCUCUUUGAGCAUCACUGCGAAGUGGAUGUAUCAUUUGGGCCCUGGGAGGCUGUGGCGGAUGUGUACGACCUGCUGCAUUGCCUAGUCACAGACCUCUCGGCCCAGGGUCUCACUGUGGACCAUCAGUGCAUUGGGGUGUGCGACAAACACCUCGUCAACCACUACUACUGCAAGCGCCCCAUCUAUGAGUUUAAGAUCACGUGGUGGUGAGUAGCCUUGGGAGGCUGCAGAAUCCCUCUCGGUGGCUCUGGGAUGGAGAUGCCUGGAGCGGUUGCCCACUGACCCGGAACCUGUUGAGGCAAGGACCGAGCCCCGGGACACGGCUCCAAGGGGACAGAGGAACAGCUCCAGCCACCGUGGUCGCACCUCAGAUCCUGCCCAGGGCUCAUAGCCCACAGGAGGCUUGGGGCCUGCGCUCACCUGGCCUUCCCUUGAGGCUUGGAAGCUUUAUUCGAGGCCAAUGGAGUGUGGGCAGGUCUUGGCCAGGAAGUCCAGAGCGAUUUCGUCACCUUCUUGAGCUUGUAAGAGACUUUCUGUCCUUUCUAGAGCCACAAACUGAUGUACACGUCAGCAUUCCCUCUGGUGGGACAAAUGUGCAACAUGACUGGGGGGCAUGUCACCCCAGAAGCCCCCCACACUCCCCCCACUGAAGCAUAAAUAGCAUCUUCUCUCCCAGUGCAGGCCCAUCCCCUUAAUGUUAAUUCCCUGUGUUCGUUGUGUUAGGAUGUGGUCAGACUUCUUUUCCUUCUAGAACACAUUCUUCACCCUUCUGGAGACUCCAGCGUAGUUGCCAAAGCCAUGUACCAGAUUGGCCUUAGCAAACCACAAUGUUUACAGCCCUCAGGGCCUCAGCUUCUCCUCCCUCCUGUCCGGCUCCCUUGCUUGCAGAGUUAGCUGCUCCCAGGGCUGGGACACCAGUUCUAGCUCCCACGGACUCCUUUUCAAAGACUCCCCCAAGUCCAGCAGGCAAGAUGCCCGGACUUUCUGUUCUCUUUGGAGAGGCACAGAGCGCCUCCAGAGCUACCGUCUCAUGUGUUAGGAUCCAGUCUGUGGUGAGCCUCAUGGGAAGGAACCCUUCCCUGCCUUGUGAAGCCCGGGUGUGUUAACCCUGCAAACUUUGUCUUCAUGGAAGUCAGUGUGUCCCCAGGAAGUGAGGGCAAGACUGUCCCUAGGGAGACAGCAGCAAAGGUCUGUGUGUUUUACCUGUCCUCCCCCUCCACCCCACCCACUUCGGAGAGAGAGAAAAUUGCACAACGAUGCUUAUGUCUUUGCCGCUGUAUCUGCAGCCCAAGGCAGUUUGUCAGGCUAUGGGCCUGCGUGUAGAGGAACUGUUAGACAGCAUGCUGCUGUUCCAUGCUGCAUUUAAGAACUGCCUUCUGUAAUUGUAACUGAACUUGACUGCUCCCAAAGGGU